AUGCGUGUCGAUAACCACGUUCAUAUACGUCAUAUCAUGCUUUAUCACUUCGAGAAAGGUCACACUGCUGCUGAAGCAUUUCGUGAUCUCAAUGAACUCUUCGAGAAUAAUGAUCAGAAUAAAACAUAUGUUGAUCUCUGGCAGACAUUGAAUGAUAAGUUAUCAUCAUUUCCACGCUAUCAAAACAAGAACCCUGGUGCGAGUGACGUUGAUAUUAAACAUUUUGAGCAACAUCAUCGAAUUCAAUUGCCAGAUGAUGUCAAACAAGCCAUACAUAUUCAUGAUGGUCGUGACAAAAUUGACUAUGGACUUUGUUUGCGUCUAGCAUCGACAGAUUUGCUUCCACUGAGUCAAUGGGUUCCUUUCGAAGAGCGUGAUUGGGCAUCCGAAUUAUUUGAAGAGUUAAGUAACGAUGGCUCGUGUGCUGUGAAAUCAUUGCAAGAUGAUGUUCAAGCUCAUUUGGUUGCCUAUCGAAAGAACAGCGAUUUAAAAAAGAACAAAGCGUUUCAUAGAUUAUCACCGGAAUUAAUCGUUAUUGGCCAAGGAAUGGAUGAUUAUUGUGAGGAGUAUCUAUUAAGUGUUCGAACAGGUCGAAUUUACCUUCAAAUUCUCAAUAUACCUGAGUGGAAAUUGCAUGCGGAAUCCAUGGCUGAAUGGUUAAGAUUGAGUUCUGAACUUGUCGAUAAGAAUUUGAAACAUGUUGAAGAAUCUUACGAUGAUGACUAG